GGAGCCGCCUGGGACCGGAAGUGGCAUACAGGGCGCCGCCAUUACAGACCGGAAGGAGCGGCAGGGCGCCGCCAUUAUGGGUUUGGCCUAAAGGGAAAGGGGCCGCUUGGCCGCUCUACGACCGGAAAAAAAGAGGCAAGGAGGGCUGGGCGCCGCCAUGACAACCUGACACCAGAAAAGGCGGGGUGUGCCUACCUGACUGAUCACCCACUGGCACCGGCCUCGAGAUACCCACACCAGAACUUCCUUUCCUGCCUGCUGCCUGGACUUAUCCACAGCCUACCAUGCCCCACAGGCAGGCGGCCCUGGAGGUCACUGCACGCUACUGUGGCCGGGAGCUGGAGCAGUAUGGCCAGUGUGUGGCAGCGAAGCCUGAGACAUGGCAGAGAGACUGUCACCACCUUAAGAUGAGCAUCGCUCGAUGCACAUCCUCCCACCCAAUCAUCCGUCAGAUCCGCCAGGCCUGUGCUGAGCCUUUUGAGGCCUUUGAGGAGUGUCUUCGACAGAAUGAGGCAGCAGUGGGAAACUGUGCAGAGCAUGUACGCCGCUUCCUGCAGUGUGCUGACCAGGUGCAACUGCCACAUUCACCCUCGACUGUGGAGGCACAGCCACUUCCCGCCUCCUGAGGACUCUUUGGACUGUAGGAAAACUGGACAUGAGUGACUGUCCACUUGUUGAUGCCCCCACCCUUGAAGAGUGGCCAGAUGAGGUCAUCAGGGCCUUGGAUGUGGGCCUGACUUCCCUGGACAUCAGGACUCACAAUAAAUGAAGACUCUGUGUACCAGG